CAACUAGUUUAAAACUACCUGUGUCUUUUGCAUAACGCUUGCAAAAAGUGAUAAUCUUAAUUUUAUCGGAUUAUUAUUAAGUUCCCGCUUUGCGGUAUAACAUUUGAAUUUGAAUUCACUGCUAGUCAAACAUUUCAUUCGAAGAAGCGUACCUUACUUAAAAUUCAUUUUAAAAACACGUAAAGUUUGUGUAGUACAGUCUAUUUUGUGAUAUUUGCGGAUAAAAUUAAUUUCUUUUAACUGACAAUGGGUAAGGAUGAAAAAGAAGAUUCUGGCUUCGGGUUCAAGGACAAAGCGAAGGCUGAAGAAACCCUACGAUUACUAGAAGAACAUGAACCUAAUUACAGGCGUCUGACUGUGCGUGGUCUGCUGGGGAGAGCUAAAAGAGUGCUUUCUAUGACAAAAGCAGAAGAAAAAAUAAAGAACAUAAAAGAAGCGAUGGAGGUGUUUGAGAACUGGCUGGCGGAGCUAGAGAAGAACAAGGAGAAGAAGACUGACAAGAAGGAGAGUAAGAAGGAGAAAGAGGACGCUAAAGAAAAGAAAGAAGACAAAGAUAAGGAUUCAAGUCCCGAUGUAGAGAUGGAGGAUAAAACAAAGAAAGAGGAUAAGAAGGAUCUUCCACCAGAUACAGUACCAGGUUUAGGAUUCAAAGACAAGGUGACUGCGGAGAGCACUCUCAAGGAGUUAGAAGGCAGAGAUCCUGAUUACCAGAAGCUUGCUGUGAAAGGCUUGAUUGGACGAGCUAAGAGGGUCUUGACAUGUACAAGAGAUGAGACAAAGAUAUCAAAUAUUAAAGAAGCGAUGUCCUUAUUCGACAAGUUUCUUGACGACUUCGACACGAUGCACCUCAGCAAGCAGAAUAACCCGUACAUCAGUUUGGGUAUUGUGAGGACCUGUGUCGGUAAAGCUGAGGGACUGAUCUCUGAGCAACAGAAAUCAUUCAUAGAAGCAUACAGCAGUGUGAACGGCGAGUACAAACGGCUCCGAACUGUGUCUGAGAAGGAAGGAGGCAAGACUUGGGAUAUCGUCAGAAAUGCAGCAUUAAAAGAACUGAAAGAGAAGUACGCAGAUGCAAAACUCUUUGAUGAUGACGAACCAACAAAGGAACAUUUAGAAAUGUUACUGUGGGCUUAUUCGCCGGAGCAGGCGCGAGUGAAGAAGACAAUAAAGGAGACGAAAGAAGAAAGCGAUAGUGACAGUAAAAGUGAAGAAGAAAGCAACAGUAGAAAGAGAAGAAGUAGCGCAAGAGAUGGAGAAUCUCCUAGUAAGAAGAAGAAGGAAUAAGAAACAGGGUUACAAUGUUAUUUUAAGAAAUAUAAUAUUUGGAACAGUUAAUGCAUUGUGCAUUUAUAUAUUGUUUAAUUUUAAAUAAAUUUUGUUGUUUUAUUUU